GAAAUCGUAAAAAAUCAAAUAAAAAAAGAUGAGGGAAGAAAUAGUGAUCCGGAAUAAUAAUGAGAAAAUAAUUAGCAAAGGUUAUUGGAUUUGGUAUCAAAUUAAUUACGAGUAACAAAAUAAGGCCGUACAAGUAAAAAUAUUUGUUGUGCAUGUCUGAUCCAUGUCAUAAUGCAUGCCACCUUAUGGAAUAUUGUACGCCGCCAUGAGUGGUUGUUUAACCGUAUCUUCCGCCGCAUCGGGUGAACUUGCUGCAGCCGCGGGUGUAGGGGCGGACGGCGGUGUGGGAGCGGCAGUUGUAGUAGGAAGGGCCGCGGCGGUUGCAGGGGAUGCUGUCCCUCCGCAUGGCGCCGUAGCUGAUGUACCUGCUCUGGAACAGCAGCCGCCUCGACCCCUCCGACUCCAUCAUCAGCUCCUCCGCCGUCUGCUCGAUGUCCAUCGCGCCGCCGCUCUCGGUGCCGGCGAACGACUGCACCGCCGCCUGCAUGAAGCUCGACCCCUGGUCGAUGACGUUCAGGUCGGCGACGUUGAGGGAGAGCGCCGGCGGAGUGUUGGCCUGAGCGAGGAGGAGGAUGAGGAGGAGGAGGUUGAGCCCGCGCUUAUUGAUGAUCAUUGGCGCCAUUUCGACGUGGGAUGUUAUGGGCUGAGGUACUGAAUAAAUGUCGCCACAUUUGCUCGUAAUUGUGAUUUAGUUAUAGAUUGGUUUUGUGACUCGGCGCAAUUUGCGGGGAAGAUGUGUUGGGUUUCGCUGGUUAAUCAAUCAAUCACCUUCCCCGGCCUGCGCUAUAUUGUCGCACUCCCACACAUGGAAUUUAUCAAGGUACUUCCUCCACUUGUUUUUGAUUUUUUUCUUUAUAAAAUUUUAGAGAAAAUUCAAUAAAAGGUUCCUAGUUAU